AUGCUCGGGCGAUGGCGCCACGCUGCCGCGCGCCGCCGGAUUCUCCAUACCAGCGCGGCCGCCAGGUACUUCCUCUCGACAGCGAUCUCCGAUCAGAGCUCGCUGGAGGAGCUGGAAGCCCUGAUUUCCAAGCUGGAGCGCGGCGAGGCAAAUGCAACGCUGGAGGAGUACGCCGUACUGCUCAAGCACUGCGCCAACGCGAAAUCUCUGCUGCUCGGCUGCCGCGUCCACGAGAAUCUGGCAAGCAAUGGCCACAUCCCGGGCAGGUACCUGCGAAAUCUCAUCAUCGAGAUGUAUGGCAAAUGCGGCAGCCCCGGCAAAGCUCUGGCAGUCUUCCAGACGAUCCUCAACCCCAACGUCUUCUCCUACACGAUGCUCCUCCUCGCCUAUGGCCAGAAUAGGAUGGAGAAGGAGGCGCUGGAAGCUUUCAAGCUCAUGGAUCUGGAUGGCGUUUUUCCCAGCGAGGUAACUUUCAUGAACGCGCUAGCAGUGUGCUCGAGGCUGGGAAAUCUCCGCGACGCGAGAGCUCUCCACUGCUGCCUGGUUGGAAGUGGGAUGGAAGAGAGCGUCGUGCUCCAGACCGCCGUGUGUAGCAUGUACACUGGAUGCUCGCGGCUCGACCUCGCAAAGCAAGUCUUCAACCAGAUGGUGGAGAGGUCUGUAGUGACUUGGAAUGCGAUGCUCACGGCUUACGCUCGUAAUGGUCUAGGCAGGGAAGCGAUGGAGCUCUUCUGGAGGAUGGAGCAGGAUGGAUCCAAGGCGGACCACGUAACUUUCCUAUGCUUGAUCGAGAUCAGCGAGGUGCUGGGCGAUCUAGAACAGACGUGUAUCCUCAGCUUCUACGGCAAGCACGGCAACAUCCGCGACGCGAGAAGCUUGUUUGAGGCACUGGAAACGAGGAACUCCGUGUGCUGGAACGCGAUAAUUGGGAUCUACGCGCAGCACGGGUUUGGAGAAGAGGCUAUGGCGCUCUACCAGAGGAUGAAGGCCGAGAAGGUGGUGAAGCCGGACGAGGUUACUUUCAUCAACGUUCUCAACGCCUGUGCCAACCUCGGGGAGCUGAGAAUCGGGAAGAUGGUCCACGAGGACAUCUCCUACCAUGGCCUGGAUGGAGAUAUCAUCCUUCUCAACGCGCUGCUCAACAUGUAUGGACGGUGUGGAAGCUUGAAGCUGGCGAGAGAGGUCUUCGACAGUAUGAGCCCGAGGAUUGGGAGCUCCUGGACGGUGAUGAUGACGCAGUACGCGGAGCACGGGCAGGGACUGGUUGCUCUCGACUUGUUCCGGGACAUGCACAUCGAGGGGCUCAAGAUGGACGACAUAACUUUCGUCAUCAUCCUCUCGGUUUGCAGCCACCUUGGGCUUCUCCGCGAGGGACGAGAUCUGUUCGUGUCUCUCCAGCAGGACUUUGGCAUCCAUUACCUGAGCGAGCACUAUGGCUGCGUCGUGGAUCUGCUUGCUCGUGCCGGGAUGCUGGAUGUGGCCGAGGAGUUUUUGGAGCGGCUUCCUGCGAUGCAGUUCUCUCCGGUUCACUGGACUUCGCUGCUCACCUCUUGCCGAGCUCACGGCGAUGUGGAGCGAGGGACGAGAGCUGCUAUGCUGCUGUUUGAGCUGGAUCCCCAAGACAGUGGAACGUACGCCAUCCUGGAGCAGCUGUACACGAACGCUGGCCGGUGGGACGAUCUGGCCGAGCUGGCGAAGAUUAUGCGAGCCAGGGGAAUACGCUUGCGAGCUCCUCCAGUGGAAGAAGACCUUUUCGGCUAAAGCUCGGUUCGUGGUUAGUUUCUUUGUUCUCGUCCAACUAAUCAGGAUAGUUUUUCCAGGUU